ACACAACUCAAUCACAAAAUCAAACCGCACACACCACACAACCAGCACAAGAACAAAAAAAAAAAGAACAAAAACAGCAAAACAAGUUUAAGAAAAUGGAAAACCUAUCUUCAACAACUUCAUCAUCAUCAUCGAUGCAAUUUCUCAUCCUUGAACAAGUUCAAUUCGUGAAGGUGAACAAUGAUGAUUCUCUUCUUCAAUGGGAACUUGUUGAUGUGGUUGAAGCAGAAGAAGAACAAGAACAAGAAGAAGAACAAACGGUUGAUGUUGAUGAUCAUGUCAUUUCUUGGUCUGUUUCUUCUCGAAUCGAUGAUCCAAUUGAAAGAAUAAACCAUCCUAUGCUUCAUCUUGAUGCAUAUGUAGAAGAUCACAACCAUGAUGGUGUGUAUAGAGAAGAACAAGUUAACCAUGAUAUUGAUGAUGAAGAGGAUGAUGGUGAUGAUGAUUUGGAUGAUGAGCUUGUUCCAUGGAAUAUAGGGAACAAGUUAGGGAGACAGAGAAUGAGGAAAUUGGGGAAAAGGGUUUCAUCAAAGAUGAAUAAUUCAAAGAGGUCUCCUUAUCUUUUUGUUAGUCCUGGUUGUGUUCGUGGCAAACAUGGGAUGGGACUUAAACACUGUUUCUAAUUGCUGAUUAGGGACUUUAAUUUGGGGUCGUUAGUUUUUUAGUUUAACUUUUAGGUUUUGUUCAAAUUUAAUCAAAUGUGCAUUUAAUUAUGUAUUAUUAUUAUUAUUAUUAUUCACUUUCUUGUACUUGAAAAUUGAAUGUUGUAUAUGUUAAUUAAUGAAAAUUUCUUUCCUUUGGGGAGAACCA